AUGGCCGACGAGGGUCUUGCCGAACAUUAUCAGGUACUGGAGGAGCUUGGCCGUGGAAGCUUUGGUGUCGUUUACAAGGCCAUUGAGAAGGCCACCGGCGAGACCGUCGCCAUCAAACAUAUCGACCUAGAGUCGAGCGAAGAUGAUAUUCAAGAGAUUCAGGGCGAAAUCGCUGUCCUGAGCACAUGCGCGAGUUCUUUCGUCACGCAAUACAAGGGCAGCUUCCUGCGCGGCCACAAGCUCUGGAUUGUCAUGGAGUUCCUCGGCGGCGGUUCAUGCCUGGACUUGCUCAAACCUGCCAACUUCGCCGAAGUCCACAUUGCCAUCAUCUGCCGAGAGCUUCUUCGCGGCCUCGAAUACCUGCAUGCCGAAGGCAAGAUUCACCGAGACAUCAAGGCCGCCAACGUCCUGCUGUCCGAGGCAGGCAAGGUUAAGCUAGCCGAUUUCGGCGUCGCCGCCCAGUUGACCAACAUCAAAUCCCAAAGAAACACCUUUGUCGGCACCCCUUUCUGGAUGGCGCCCGAGGUUAUCCAGCAGGAUGGGUAUGGUUUCAAGGCCGAUAUUUGGUCGCUGGGCAUUACCGCUAUGGAGAUGGCUAAUGGCGAACCUCCCCUGGCACAUAUUCACCCGAUGAAGGUUCUUUUCCACAUUCCCAAGAACCCUCCCCCCCGCUUGGAAAACAACUUCAGCAAGGACUUUAGGGACUUUGUUGCCCAGUGCCUCGUCAAGGACCCCGACCAUAGGCCUUCGGCCAAGGACCUCCUUCGCCACCGAUUCAUCAGGUCGGCAGGCAAGAUCGAGGCCCUCCAAGAGCUCAUUGCUCGCAAGCAGAUGUGGGAUGCCAACCAGAACCGCAAAGCACACCCUAUCUUUUACCAAGAGACGCUACAUACCAUGUCGCAUAAGGACGACUCGGAUGAAUGGGUGUUCGACACGGUCAAGUCGGUGGCUCCCAAGCGACCGAACGGUCAUGCGCGCAAGCCGUCCUACUUUUCGGCAGAAGAGGCCAUGCGCCGCCUCGACCUCAAGGACGCCCCGCUCGGCCCCUCGUCUCCCGCUUCCGGAACCGUCCGCCGGUCGACUGUGCGUCGCCAACCCUCGGGCCGCCAGGCUUCGGGCACACAGAUCCAAGCGAACGGUUCACCCCCCUCGACCGUCGCCAGACGACCCCUACAGCCAGACAUGUCGUACGGCAACUCUGGCUCCUCGGUGCGGCUCUUCCGCCGGGUUCCCUCGGACGGCUCUGUCACGGCCUACGAGGACACUUCUCCUGAAGGAACGUUCAGCAAUGAGAACAAAGCACUGCCGCGAGCCUCGGCAGUUGAGCCCAGCAGCAAGGAGGCGAUACUCGGCCGGCGACUCUUCAGCAAGGCCGUGGAACCCACUCUGGCCGAACUCCACGCGCAGACGUCGGGCAUGCAGAGGCGGGAAGCGCUAGCAAAGCUCACUGAUGCGUUUACGCUCCUGGAUUCGGUGGACCCGGAAGGUGCCUAUCAUUUGAUGCAGAACCUGAUGGCGGCUGUCUCACAGGACAACAAGCUGAGCGCGGCUUUCAUGCCCCAACAGUCAAUUAAAACCCCGUCUGACGGUACGCCUCAGGGAACGGUCAUCAUCCGGAGCGCGGCGGCAACGCCAUCGUCAGGAAGCCCCACCAAGUUGAUGAUGGCGUCGAACAACCCGCACCUGAAGAGCCAUAGGAGGCGCAACGGAUCGAUUGCCACGCCCGAGUCGGCUGAAAAGGAUCCCGUGAGGGAGAAGGCGGCGGUGGAGGCCAAGUAUCCAGGACGCCAGCCUCGUCCUGGCAUGGAGCACUGCAAGCAACUGUCUGACGUCCUUUACGGUCGUUGGACCGAGGGCUUGAGGGUCAGAUGGCCAGCCGUCUAG